UUUACUUUGUGCUCUUCUAUCUCUUAAAAAAAUCCAUAUAAUUAACGAUAUUGCUAAAAGUAUAUCUAUUAAUAACAAAAAAAAAAAUAUUACACCUAAGUUUUCUUUCCGCCGCCACCACUAAACAUACUAUUCUAAUAAAAAAAAAACAUACCGAAAGAUUUCUCCUAAUUGUUAUUAUUAGUUAUUUUUCAUUUGUAGCCUCUUGUUUCUUUUUUUAUUCCUUUUCUUUUCUCUAACCUUCUCAGUCCAAUAUUGAUUACAGUCAUCGUGAUUAUAGCAAUAACACAAUGAAUUAUUAAUUUCCUGAUUAACUAACAUAAUUUUAUAAGAUACUUAAAGUUUAUUAUUUUGUUUGUUUUUUCGCUUUUUAUCUCGCUUCUUUCCCUUACAUUUUGUACGGUUGCUUUAUCCCCACUUUCCUCCCUUAUUUUUUAAUGAAAAUUGAACUGUUCAAAAUGUUGAUGAAAAAUAGAAGUUGAAUAAUUCAAUAUAUAGUUCUAAAUAAAUUAUAGAUAGUUUUGUUUUUCAAUAGUCUUUCAAUUUUUGCUUCUUUAAUUAUUUGAAAAUUGAAAAGAAACGUUUUUAAAAUGAGAAUAAAGAAAAAUUAAUUAGUUGGUAGGGUAUAAUGAAUUUUAGAAUAGUCGGUGUUUUUAUAUUGCUACUGAAUAUUUAUAAAGCAGCGAAGAUUGAAUGUUAAAUAAGGAUAAGAUCGAAAAGUACUUUUAAAACGAAUAAAGGAUAAAGAAAGAAAAAAAUUCAAUUAAGUGGAAAUGAAAUUCAAUAGUAUUGAAGUUUUUCUAAUAAAUAUUUAAAUAAAAUUGUAUUGAAUGAAUCAGAACUAUUUUUCAUCAGUCUAUUUAUCGGAUUAUAUAUUGGCUAUAUAUUUAACGGUUGAGAUGCAACUACAUUCUAUAAUAAAAAAGAUUUUUUUUCUUUAUUUCUUUGAUGACAGUGACAGAAAAUUCACUUCAUGCAAUAUCACCAGGCGGAAAAUGCGAUAUUCAAUCUUACGCUGAUGGAUUGUAUACACACGAGUGCAGAGUAGCAUCCUACAAACCCCAAAUCGACUAUUGCUGCUGUCAGUUUAAAAAAAAGGCGAUGUGUUGUUUAUACCAUCAGACGUGGGACAGGUUUAGAUGUAACGAAAAAGAGGACGUAAUCGAUACUUUUCCGUGGAAAUAUAACGGCCAUUAUGGGUCAAAUGGACCGUAUAAAAUGUCCCUUCCGUUACUCGUAGCUUUACCGAUCUCAGCCUUGCUGUUACUUUUGUGUAUAGGGGCAUCAGUUUAUUACUAUAGAAAGAAGAAAAAGGCGAAGCGAUAUGAGAAAGAUAGCGAGAGUUGGUGUUCGUGUUCAAAGUGUUAUGAAGAGUCCGAUACGGCAGACGAUGAAGACGAUAAAGACGACUAUUCUAACGUUCGAAAAACAGCGCCAUCUCCCGAAAUUGAUCGUCGCUGCUCGGGACCAGUUGGGCUAUUAGGAUUUCCACUGCAUACUUUCGAGGAACAAUACCCUGGUCCACCUCAAAGAAGAAAUGAUGAUAAUGAAUUCUUUCCAGUUAGACCAACGGCUCCUCCUUUCGAGCCGGAUUUCCAAAAUGAUAAUUUAAAAGAGGGAUUUCCUUCAAACAUGUGCGAAGGGGAGAACGUGCAAUAUGUUGCCGAAUCCUUUAGAGGACUCUUACCGCCUCCAUUAUACGAGGAAGUUCGACAUCAUCGAACAGCUCCUGAAUGCUAAAAAUAAUUAAUUAAUUUUAAAGUCAUUUAGUCAUGAACUGUAGAAAAAUAUGCGCAUUUUAGAUUUCUUAACAAAUUUCGUUCUGAUUUCCUUUUAUUUAUUUGUUUAUUUUGUUAUAUUAAUAUUAUUUUUUCGUUAUUUCUUAAAAUUUAUAUUAUCAGGAAUUAUCUCUCGUCUCGAAUGAUAAAAAAUGAAUUGAAUAAACUAGUUUAAUCCUAUUUAAGACCACUAAUCUCGAUAUAUAUAUAGACUAUGUAGUGAUCUAUAUAUUCACAAUAUAAAGCAUUAGACAUAUAGAUUUUUAAAAAUCUAUGCUUCAACUUUUCGUUAUUAUUUUUUCUUAUUAACAUUUCCAGACGUCAUUGACAUGCCUAAAAUAAAACUGGUAGGCCUUAAAUAUUCUUAAGAAAAUAACACAAUAUAUAGAUGGCGUCACCAGUAUAAGGUUAUUAAAACAUUAGAUUUAAUAGGAAAACUACUA